AUGCGUUUCUUCAUGAGCUCAGUUUUCGCCAUUGCCGCCUUUGCCACUUCUGUUUUGGCUGGCGAGAACCCGAUCAUCCACCCUGAUUCAACUCACCCCAUGACCGCUGGCGAGCCUUACGACAUUACCUGGACUCCCACCAACAACAACUUGAUCAAGCUCACUCUCCGAAAGGGCCCUUCAGGAAACCUUAAGGAUAUUUUGAUCAUUGUUGGUGACUACACAAACUCCGGUAAAUUCACAUGGACUCCCAACCCAGACCUCCCCGCCGGCCCGGACUACGCGAUCAUGAUCACGGACAAGGCGGGCAACAUCAACUACACCCCUCUCAUUGAGCUUAAGGCCGCCUCCCCCGAGGCUUCCUCAGCAUACUCAUCUUACACCACCCCCUCAUCCACCAAGGCUUCUUCCACCAAGGCUGCUGCUUCAACCACUGAGACUCCUUCGACCACCACCACCGAGCCCCCUAAGACCACUGUCAUGACUGUUGUUUCCGGAAACUCCACCACCAUGGUCACCUCCGUCAUGUCCUCAAACGCCACUGUCACCACCGGACUCUACGGAAACUCCACUCACAGCACCACCCGCUCUUCCAAGCCUACCUCUGACGAGACCUCAACCCCCACCGACACCGCUAUCUCUACUGGUGCCGCUGCCGGUCUCCUCAAGAGCCCCCUUGCUUUGGUGGUCUGCUUGAUCGGUGCCGUCGUCUACUUGAACUAG